AAUAAUAGAAGCUGAAUCACAGUUUUGGUUAUAAUCUCUGUCUCCUAUGGACAUAACCUGCUCCAGUGAUAAACCUGGCAGACUACAACAGAUGGCUACCAGCACAGAUGUGAGAGAUAUAUUGGAACUAGACACUGGCCAAGGGCAGACAGACUUUAUGACAAAGGAGUCUUUAAUGACUGAAGGGAAAAAGAAAAAAAUUCGCAAGUCAGAUGUGGGAAUUAAGCGACCAGAGGGUAUGCAUAGAGAGCUGUGGGGAUUAUUGCAUACUGACAGCAGAUACCAAACAGAUGCAGCACCUAUAAUACCAUCUGAUUCUAAGCAAGGCUACAAACAGAUGAAAGCCAAAAUAGGCAGCAGUCGUGUUCGUCCUUGGAAAUGGAUGCCUUUUACUAACGCUGCCAGAAAGGAUGGUGCAAUAUUUUAUCAUUGGGGUCGGGCUGCAGAUGAAGGCAAAGACUAUCCCUUUGCAAGAUUCAAUAAGACAGUUGACGUCCCCAUCUUCUCUGAUCUGGAGUACCAGCAACAUUUACAUGACGACAACUGGACGCGGCAGGAAACAGAUCACCUGUUUGAGCUGUGCAAGAGAUUUGAUGUGCGUUUUAUCAUUGUCCAUGAUCGCUGGGACCGGGAGAAAUACAAGGACCACAGUGUUGAGGACUUGAAAGAACGAUAUUAUAAUAUAUGUAACACAUUGGCCAAGGUUCGAGCACCAUCUGGUUCCGAGCCCAAGGUCAAAGCUUUUGAUGCUGAGCAUGAGAGGAGAAGAAAGUGUCAGCUAAUGAAGUUGUUUGACAGAACUCAGGAACAGGUGGAGGAAGAGGAGUAUCUGAUUGGUGAGCUAAAGAAGAUUGAGCUGAGAAAGAAAGAGAGAGAAAAGAAACAGCAAGACCUCCAGAAACUGAUCACAGCGGCAGACAGUAAUGCAGACAACCGCAAGGCAGAGCGGAAGAACACGAAGAAGAAACUGCAAGCCAGAGAGAUGAAAGUCAAAGAUGGAGGGGGAGUGGUAACACCUGAGCCUGGUGGCAUCAAAUUCUCAGACUUCAAAGCUUCUGGCACCAGUUUGAGGAGUCAAAGAAUGAAGAUGCCAGCCACGAUUGGGCAAAAGAAAACAAAAGCAAUUGAACAAGUGCUGGAAGAGCUUGGUCUUGAAUUUAACCCCAUGCCAACUGAAGAGAUAGUAAAUGGGUUCAACACACUUCGCCAGGACAUAGUUUUAUUGUAUGAGCUCAAACUGGCAAUGUCUACAUGUGAAUAUGAACUUCAGACACUGAAACACAGACAUGAUCAACUCACGUCUUCUAAGAAUGGUGGCACAUUCUCCAACUUUUUGAUGCCAUCACAAACCAAAGAAACAGAACUCCUGAGUCCCACCUUGGAUGAUAUCAUGGGAGAGAGCAGUCAAGAUGGCCAGGCCACAUCACCUGCUAAAAGGAAGUUGUUGUCUGAUACCAUUGAUGUUGUUGGCACUCCCUCAACACCCAGUAAGAAACGGAAAGCUGCAAUAGAACAAAGCAACAUUCUGAAAAAAAUCAAACAAAAAAUCUGAGAAUAUUUACAUUAACCAACUCUGAAUGGGCAUUCAGCUCACAUGACAGACUCCCACAAGCAUUUGUAACUUGUCAUUUAUAGUAAUAAAU